GCUACUACCAGCACUGCUGUCGCGACCGUCCCCCCGCAGACUCAGGAGGUAACCCCAACCGUUGUUGUGAUGUUCCUUAUCUUUUCUAUUUGAUCAUUUAAUACCGCGAUACUGAUAUCUGUAACAUUUUAUUCAUUUCGGAUCUUAUUGUUUUUAACGGCAGUAUGGAAAAGUUGAGAAAAUUAUGCGUGUGCGUUCUACGCACACAAUAUACGUAUUACAAACAUGAUUACUCGACGAAAUCGGGAUUGUUAAAGGAUAUAAACGUGUUAGAUCUGAGUAGAGUGAUCGCGGGACCAUUUUGUUCCAUGACCCUUGGGGACUUGGGCGCUAAUGUCAUAAAAGUCGAAAGUAUGGAUGGCGACGAAGCGCGGAAAUGGGGUCCACCGUUUAUCAAAGACAGUAAAGAUUCUUUUUAUUUUCUCUCAGUGAACAGGAAUAAAAAGAGUAUUUGCAUUGAUUUCAAGAGUCAAGAAGGUAAGAAAGUAAUAUAUGACUUGGCUAGAAAAUGCGAUGUUUUGGUUGAAAAUUUUGUACCUGGCAAGCUAGACCAACUGGAGAUUGGCUAUGAUAAACUGAAGAUCAUUAACCCAAAACUAAUAUACUGUGCUAUCACUGGGUUUGGACCUACAGGACCAUAUUCUAAGAAACCUGGGUAUGACGUAAUAGCCGCUGCUAUGGGUGGUCUGCUUAAUACCACGGGAGAACCCGACGGGGACCCUUGCAAGGCAGGCGUCGCUAUCACAGAUGUUACCACAGGGCUCCACGCCUUCGGAGCCAUUAUGACAGCUCUGUACUACAGAGAAAAGACUGGAAAAGGACAGAGAAUUGACUGCAAUCUCCUCUCCACACAAAUCUCUAGCAUGAUCAACAUAGCAACCAUUUAUUUGAACUGUGGCAUUGAGGGGCAGAGAUGGGGCACAGCUCAUGCGAACCUAGUCCCUUACCAAGCCUUCAAAAGUAAAGAUGGCUACAUGGUCAUCGGGACAGGAUCUAAUCCCCAAUUUGCAGAUUUAUGCAGGAUCAUAGGCAAAGAAGAACUGAUAACUGAUGAGAGGUUCAAAGAUAAUUCGAAGAGGGUUGAAAAUAGGAAAGAAAUCAUUCGGAUAAUCAGUGAGGUUAUUGGUACAAAGAGUAACAAGGAAUGGUCGGAGAUUUUCAAAAAUGCAUCAUUUCCAUGCGGUCCUAUUAAUAAGAUGAAGGAUGUGUUCGAAGAUGAGCAUGUGAAAGCUAUUCAGUUGGUGAAGGAACUGCCUCAUCCUGAUGCUGGAACUGUGAAGGUUGUAGGUCCCCCCACUGUGUACGGAUUAGGGGGGAAUGACGCGCGGUUGGCUCCCCCAAGGUUGGGCCAACAUACUCGAGAUAUAUUGGCCAACUUUUUAGGAUACCAUGAUAAGAAGAUUGAAGGGUUGUUGGAUAACAAAGUUGUGCAAUAGUAAAAUUAGAUUUAAUACUGAUGGGAGUACAAAAAAAUAAAGUCAAAUAAAUAAUGGACAAUUUGAGUAAGACUCGAAUAUUU